AGUAGCAGCAGCAGCGGCGGAGCGGAGAGUAGGCUACAGAAGCGCCGAUCUGAGAGCAGGGGAGCGGCAUCACCGGGACCCCGAUCUCCUCUGGUUGGAGAUCACCGGAACGGACAGACAGAGCGGAAGGCGACGUCAUUUCUUUUUUCUACCCAAAGGCAGACCGUCGUUUUGGCGGCCAGACAGACAGCAACAGUUGUCACGAUGUCUGAGAUCGGAUGAGCCGAGAGCAGCGGAGGGCACAUUGCGGCGCUGCUGUGAUUCGGGCCGGGCCGCCUGCGAUGAUACAGCCGUGUUAAUCACCUGGGACAGCGAGAGGGGAGUGUGGUGUAUAUCAGUGUGUCAUUCUGGGCUUACGGCGUCACUCAGCUCGCCAGCCACCCCCCCCCACCCCCGGUUGUGUCGAGGUUCUGUCUGCGGGUGAGGUGAAUCCAGACGUCAGGGCGGGCUCAUGUUCCGCUCAUCAGCGAGACGGGCUGUUGCGUCUGCGGAGAGUCAGAGCUGACGAGCCGGCCGAGACACCCGGAGAGGCAGACAGGCCGAGAGACAGACAGGAGCGAGGGGAGGGGGGCGACAGCCUGUUUCGGCUCUCUCGACCCUUUGCGGAUCGAGCCGAGCCCCCUCCUGUUUCCACCCAGAACCCCCACUCAUUUGUCUCCCACUUUGGAUGGGGGGAAAGCAGAGCACGGCGGGGCGGCCCCGGGGUGCUUUUCCCGGUGUCUCUACGGAUGACAGCGCGGUGCCACCCUCGGCCCACUUCGGCCACUACCGGCCGAGUGGCACCAUGGGCCUGCGGAGCCGCUCGGUGAGCUCCGUGGCCGGGAUGGGCAUCGAGCACAGCCCCGCCGUGCCCUUCGGCUUCUACACCCCCAGAGGCACGGACUCGGAUCGAGCCGGAGGAGGGUCAGGGGGCACUACCGCCGCACCCCACGGUACGGGCUACCAGGACACUGGGGGCGGGGGGCACCACACGGACGGGGUGCUCUAUCUGGGAUCUCGGGGGUCGCUGGCUGACACCUUGCCCCUGCACAUCGCACCACGCUGGUUCAGCGCGCACAGCGGAUUCAAGUGUCCUGUCUGCUCCAAGUCCGUGGCGUCCAAUGAAAUGGAAGUUCACUUCAUCAUGUGUCUAAGCAAGCCUCGCCUCUCCUACAAUGAUGAUGUGUUGGCGAGGGAUGCCGGUGAGUGUGUGAUCUGUCUAGAGGAACUGCAGCAAGGGGACACCAUAGCCAGACUGCCUUGCCUCUGCAUCUACCACAAAAGCUGUAUAGACUCAUGGUUUGAGAUCAAUCGGUCCUGCCCCGAACACCCAUCUGACUGACUGACUGACCACCAGGCCCACUCUGAAUACUGUUCAAGGACAUCCCGUGGUCCUGCCAUGGAUAUCUGGACACAGACAUAACCAAAUCGGAUGAAACAAUCAAAGCGAUCAACACGUACUUAUCCUGACAGAAUCCAUCAUCCCUAACCAAGAUAAUUAUUCCUUGUGAGCUGAACCCAGAAAUCGUGACUGUCCAAACCAUCGUACACAUUAAAGGGCACACAUUAUUACAUCUGCUGAAGAAACUGCUUACCCCCUCCUCCCCCCACCUGCCCUUCCUUCUGUCACCCUCCCACUUCUCCAGGCUAACAGUCCCCUUAAAGGGCUUCAUCGGCCUCCCUGACAUGCUCAGGAUUCUUGCAGGCCUCCAGCAGCUAGCCUUCCAUCUUGUAUCUGGAUCCAGGCCUGUCAGUCUUUAGUGUCCAGCCCCCCCAUGGCCUUAACUGGGGGAGAAGAGAGGAAGCAGAGCAGGGAGGGGACAGGAGGGAAGAUGAAGGAAACCACACGAGCAAGAAAGAAGGAAGACGGCAAGCAUGAGAAAGAGGGGGAGGAGGAAACCAAGCGAUUGACGAUUGUUAAGCUGCAGAAGCUUGCUUUGAGAUCAGACCUUUGAAAUGAUUUGGUGGGGGCCUCUCAUCUCACAACAGGACUCCAACUCGGUGACGUCCACUCAUAGCAGUUCAGUUCUGCGCCCUUCCUCGCCAAUAUGACUCAAAUCCGAAAGUCCUCAAAAUGCUUCUUAGAUCUGGUUUGUGCACACC